UAAAGCUUCCACACAUUUAUUCUUUUUCUCUUUCGUGAACAACUUCCUAGACAGAAGAGAUGUCUUCUACAUUUUCUCCUUUCAGGAAAUGGUUUGCAGGCGGCGUAUGCACAUCAACAGCUAUGCUGCACGGAAAGGUGGCCGUGAUCACAGGAGCCAAUACUGGUAUAGGGAAGGAGACAGCUAGAGAACUUGCACGAAGAGGUGCCCGUGUCAUAAUUGCCUGCAGAAAUACAGAAAAAGGAGAAGCAGCUGCCCAUGAAAUCCAAAGGGAAACAGGGAAUCAGCAAGUCAUUGUGAAGAAACUGGACCUGAGUGAUACCAAAUCUAUAAGGACAUUUGCUGAAAAUCUCCUUAAAGAGGAAGACAAGCUCCAUAUCCUCAUUAACAAUGCAGGUGUGAUGUUUUGCCCUUACUCUAAGACAGCCGACGGCUUUGAAAUGCAGUUUGGAGUCAAUCACCUUGGGCAUUUUCUCCUAACAUUCCUGCUGCUGGACCGUUUGAAAGAGUCAGCUCCUGCGCGAAUAGUGAAUGUGUCCUCACUGGCCCACAUUUUGGGGAAAAUAUAUUUCCAGGACUUACAGGGAGAAAAGUGCUAUAGCGCACAAUUUGCAUAUUUCCAAAGCAAAUUGGCAAAUAUACUCUUUACCAGAGAGCUGGCUGGUCGGUUGCAAGGCACUGGAGUUACUGUUAAUGCCUUACAUCCCGGUGCUGUUCUGAGUGAAUUAGGGCGUCAUUCCUAUGUAGCAAAGUUUCUGCAAAGAGUAUUUAAUUUCAUGUGGAAGACUGUAGAAGAAGGAGCUCAGACUACUGUGCACUGUGCAGUGGCAGAGGAACUGGAGUCAGUGACUGGAGAGUAUUUCAGUGACUGCAAGCCUGCCUGGGUUGCUCCUCAAGGUUUGGAUGAGAACACUGCAAAGAAGCUCUGGAAGGUGAGCUGUGAGCUGUUGGGCAUUCAGUGGCAGUGAACUGAGAGAAUCUGUGUGGACACUGUCCACCAAUAUACUGUCUUCAAGGGGCAAAACCCACUGAAAAUGCAUGCAGUCAAGCGUUGUCUUUAUCUUUUCAUCUACCUGAGUCUAUUCUACAUGGAUAAGCGGACACUCAUCCUAUUGUCUGUUCUCACUACAGUAUAGCUCUCCUGUUAAAUUAAUAUGAGCCUGAAGAAGUCACAUGACUCCCAUCCCUGAUUUAGCAUAUCAUUGAUAUGCAUAUGAUAUUAGUAUUAUGUUAAGAUACACUAGAUGUUUCAUGAGCAGUGUUGUGUUAAAUCUGACUCUUUAGUGGCUUAAGAGAAUGAUACUCGGCUCCUAGAUCAGCAUCACUUACCUGAACAUUUCCUACAUGUGUUUGUGAAUCCGCCACCUUGAUUUGUCACAUAGUGGAUAAUUUCUACAAAUAAGAUUUUAGAAAUCAUGGCUUUAGGAGAAAUUUUGCAAGCGGAAGAGGCAAGGAUGGGUCAUUGCAAAAACCUGUUUCAAGAGAAUUCUGUCUGUCUGUUUUGGUUGUUUUGUCAAGUCCUCCAUGUUCAGAUUUCAGGCUGAAAACUUAAAUGGUAAUGAAGAGAAAAUAUGGAUGUAAAAAGAGUGAGCCUGGACCCUGUGGCAGAGAGGGAACUAAACUGUUCUCUUAGGUCACUUCCACACAGCUGCAUAAAAUCAGGGUUAUCUGCUUUGAACUGGAUUAUAUCAGAGUGUACUCAGAUAAACCAGUUCAAAGCAGAUAAUCUGAAUUUUAUAUGGCAGUGUUUUUGCCAUAUAAUCUGGGAUAAACACACAAUCUGGGAUCAGAUCCUGGGAUAUAUGGCAGUGCAGAAGGGACCAACAUUGAUCAGCUGUAUUUUGUAAGAAGGCAGAUGCUUUUCAUUUACUGCAAGAAACUGGAAAUGCUGGAGUGCUACAAAACACUGCAUUGCAUAGAAAUGUCCAUAGCAGAUCAGCGAACAACAAAUGAACAGCGAUCAACAAAUGAAAUAAGAGUUAUGAUGCAUCAGUAUGGUGCCUUGACCCAAUGUAUACUCCAUGUACAUUGUACCUUAUAAGUAAGAGAUAAUGUCCCUAGAUUAUGAAAUAUCUGUAUCAAAGAGCAUGCCUAGCAUAUAUGGCGUUUGCGAAAGCCAAUGUGCGUAGACAUAGCCUGUUAGUCCAUGUAUAAAAUAAAUAUAUAAACCUUUACAAA